CGACACCUUUGAUUCCUGUUGUACUUCAUAUUGAUUCUACUCCUAGGGAACUGGAUCCAGCCUCGACAUAUCUCGGUUCUCUAUCGUCAUAAUGGCAGCAUGUCAAAACACUAUACACACCCUUGACUCGUGACAUGACGCCGGUCAAUUCGCUCUUCAAAGGAAGAACAGCUCUCAACAGCAUUCGCCAUGUGGAUUCACGGCAUCUUUCGAGUUCUCGCCUGAGCGUAUCUGAUGCUGCAGCUCACCAAUCAUCCGUCAUUGUUACUCUCACAAAUUCAUUCUCACACCUUCACUAUGGAAGCUGUUCAAUCACCACAUUUGCCAGGCCAAGGCUAGUGGCUCGCCCAACAGCCUUGGUCAUAUCUCCUAAGCAGGUCUGCUUUUCGAGUUCGGUCAAGCACCACGACUUCAAACCCCGCGACCCGCAGUCAGGGGACCUACAGAACUCGGUCAAGCAGGUUAUGCGCCAUGUACCUCAUCCUGUCGCAGUCAUCACUGCCACCGAUAUUUCUUCGCAUCCCACAGGCGGAGAGCAGGGUUGGAGAGGUGCCACUGUAUCAUCUUUCAACAGCGUCACCCUGACUCCAGUUCCCGUUGUCUCCUUCAACAUAAAGCAGAUAUCAUCGACAUACGACGCCAUCAAGAGCUCGGGCGUGUUCAAUGUUCACCUAUUGAGCGAGGAAGUUGAAUCCACCGAUGUGGCCAUCAAAUUCGCCAGUGGCAACGCCUCAUCACCUUUCCAUACGGAAGAUGGGGAAAUUGAAAGCUUUGCACACCUGACUGAUCCUGUGAAGACCGCUUCAUGGGGAAAAUUGGCGCCCAUUUUACAAUCCUGGGAUGACAAAGGUCAGCUGAUGGUCCCUUUCAGGUUUCAUUGCCGAUAUCUCGGUGACAAGACCGUUGAGGUUGGUGAUCACGUGGUCGUGUUCGGCGAAGUGUCUCAGGUCUUUCAUGAUGACAAGGCUUUCCAUGACCAAGCAGCCACACUGCCAAAGCCAUGUUUGGUGUAUGUGAAUGGCAGGUAUUCUAGGGUUGAUGCACACGGACAUAGAGUGCCUCUAGUCCAACGGCGGACGAUCCGGGUAUAGCUUACCGUGGACAGCGGUCGCCAGAGACUCUUGGCCUGUGGGUCGAUACCUUGUUUCUGGCCACAAGGUGUACCUCAUAGAGUGACAAGGAUUGUCACAAGAAGAUGGCGUGAACAGCAUCUCGGAGGACAACACAUCGACUAUAAAAUCUGCUGAGAGCCUAAAGAACAAUUUGUAAAAUACAGUGUAAAAAUACAACGCUAAGCCUUUUUCGGCCAAUAUAGCAUCGCAACUCUGGGGAAAUCUUUCCACCUCAUGAAC